ACUUUGACAAUGACAGCAAAAUGAAAGAUAAUGUGGUGAAAGGCAAGAGAAAGGUUGUUUGGGUAAUCUGGUUUUAGAUUGUUAUGUUGAAUGAGAUUACAAAUCACAUAAUGAAUUAAAUUAGAAAUAAUUGAAACUGACACGAGUCUCAAUGAGCAUACGAAGAAUAAAAUCAAAGUUUAAUCAUCAAGUGUUAUAGAAGAUGUUUAAUUUACUCAAUUCCUUACAGUUUUGAUAUCAGAUCAAACAUAAAAAAUGAGCAAGUUGAUUGAUUACUUUGUAAUAUGUGGUCUUGAUUACAGCUCUGGUUUAGAACCAGAUAAACUUACAGAGGACAACCUACAUGUCUCUCCACUGGAACGAUCAUAUAAAGGAAAAGUUUUGGCGCACUAUCCUAACAAUGUACAGACAAAUCCGUUUGACGAAUCAGCUGUAUGCAUGUUUUCACUACCAGCUGGACUCAAAUUUCGUACUCAGAAACAUUCAGUGACUCAAGCUCCGAAUUUUCAUUCAUAUAUCAUAACACGCGAAGAUGGAAAGAGAUGUUUUGGAUUCAGUCUUAUUUUUUAUGAAGAAGUGCAGAGUAGGGAUAUUAAGGAAGCAAUGCACACACUGCAGGUUCAAUUACCUACACCCGGAAAAAGCUUGUUGGUUCACUUGCCACCGUCAGAUCCUCAGUUACCACCGACAAACGUUAUAAUACAAAAUUCUCUGCCUCCCUUGGAACUUCCACAUCACGAUUACCCUCUUAGAUUGCUGUUUUUAUGGUUGGGAGUCGACAUCGCUGUGCAGCUAUUUACUUGUCUUUUAUUAGAGUAUCAGGUACUCUUGAGGAGUACAGAUCCUCAAAAACUAAUGGUUGUGGCUGAAGGCAUCACGUCUUUGCUAUUUCCUUUUACUUGGCCUCAUGUCUACGUGCCAAUUAUGCCAGCAUCUUUACAUCAUUUUUUGGACGCACCUGUACCUUUUUUAAUGGGGUUAUAUGCGACAUCGGAAAAUCUCAAAGUGGCUUCAGAGGCUAAUCUGUGUUAUGUAGAUAUAGAUAAAUGUAAAGUACAGCUACCCGAAGAGAUGGCAGCAUUUCCGCAUUUAGAGCCAUUCACUGCUGAAAUUUGGUCUGUUCUUGAUAAGUACAGCGUGCAUGAAAUAAUCUCAAGAAGCAGUACAUUACCGGGUCGUCCACACAACCUGCGAAAACUGUCAAUUCAUGAUACUCUAGAUAACGAACGGCCUCCUUCUCCUCCUGGUUCAGCCAGAUCGGAGGCUUUGCAAAGAAUAGCGGACAUAGUUCGCAGGACUGGUGUAACUUUAGAGCCAAACGAAACAAAUCAACCCUCAGAUUCCUAUUUUGAAGAUCUCAGAUUCAACAAUGCACUUAGAGAGAUAUUUUUAAAUAGAUUUGUGCACAUAUUUCAAUCCUAUGAGAAUUUUGUUAUAUUUCCUAAUCAGGACAAAGAAGACUGGUUUAAUAAUAGAGACUCCAUGCAAAACUUUGACAAAGCUUCUUUUUUAUCAGAUCAACCCGAACAAGACAGAAUGUUUUUGUGGAGGUUUCUCGAAUCUCAAAUGUUCGCCACGCUUAUAGAUAAUAAAAUUCUGUCUAUAUGGGGAGAAGUCGACUGUAACCUUACGAUAUUCGAUAAUAGAAUAAAAGUACUCAAGAAACGAUUUGGGAACGAAAUGAGAUCGGUAUGCUACGAGCCCUGCAUUAACGCUCACGAUACUCAAAAACCGAUUGAUAGAAGACUGGCGUAUCCCGAUUUCGAGUCUCCACUGCCUAGGGAGAUACUGAGCUCCAGAAUUAUUGCUUGUCGACAGUUUCCUAUUUUAGAUAACGAAAUACUGAACAAAACUCCCAUAGUAAACAAAGGAAGCAUACCGAGGGCUAGUGCAUUAAAAAAGGGACUUAGUUUUUCUAAGCCGCCUGUUGGGCCUAAUGAUAAAAAUUUGAAAAGUUCUAAUAAUCAAGACGUUUCACCCGCCGUGAUAGCACAGGCAAACUGGACAUUUGUCGAAAAACUUUUAAAAGACUGUAAAGCAAAAACUAAAAGAAUGCUACUAGCCAAAUUGGGUGCCGAAGGUGUUACUUUAUCCAGUGGUAACAACGCAGUGGACAGCUUCGGUGCCGUGGAAGAAAGUACGUUAAUCACAUCGUUGUGCGAUUUUCUGGAAAGAGUUUGGUCCCAUGGACUACAAAAGAAAAGAAGCAAAUCAGCGCUGUGGUCUCAUUUACUUGCCUACCAAGAAAAAUAUCAGUAUCUCAACAAGAAAGAAAAUCACUUCGGCACUAAUGACGUUUCGAGUUUAACCACUAAUUUGGAGAACUGGAGUGGACAUUUGGAAGAUGCUAAAUUAAGAUCUGAAUUACCCGAGUUGCCUUCGUCUAUAUUAUUUGAUAUAACGAACAUUCAAGCUAUGACAGAUGUAAAAACAGCAAUAGGUAUGGCCAGGGCUUGGGUACGACUAGCACUAGAAAAGAAACAACUCUCUAAACAUUUUCGAACAUUACUGUCCGAUCAAAGUUUGCUCAGGACGCUGUACAAACGCCUAGCUUUCGUACGAUCCGAAGAAGAACGCGAACAAUUCCUUUACCAUUUGCUCUCUUUGAACGCCGUGGACUAUUUCUGUUUCACCUGCACUUACCCAACAACUGUGAUACCGUACCGGAUUGUGAUUGUACCAAAUAAGAAAGGUACAACGUCGUCGGCAAAUGUAUGGAUGGUUCUGUCAGGAACUCUUUCAGAAACGAAUCGACUCGUAGUUCCAAAAGCAACGUUGAAUUUGAAUAUAAGAUUUCCGUGUGGUCGUUGGUUGGGACGAGGAGUGGAUGAUGGUUCGACAGAAAGACUUCUAGUUGGUAGUUUAAUGUCCAGAAAGGAAGAAGUCGAAGAAAUUACUAUAAAGUCCAGUGGUGGUAGUUUGGGUAGGUCAACUCCAAGAUCCAGGUCGCCGGCUAUUGCUCCAAGAAGUGAGAUGAAACCAUCACAGAUUCAACAUAUGCUAGGAGACUGUGUAAACAAAAUCAUUAAAUGGCAUCAUAGAAGAACAUCAGAACGCCAUACAACGCUAACAGCCCUUCUUUGUAGUGAUAACGGCCUAGUUUUCUGUUUAGAAAACGUUUUUCUACUUGGUUUUAAAUCUGCGAGACUUUUUAUGGGAAAACAUUAUCUUUGGGACUAUUUUGUACGAGUCAAGGAACAGUUUGAAAUGGAAUUACUGGAAGAAGUAUCUGGAAACCGGACGCACAGUUUGGAGAGAAAUCACCAGGAAACCGUAGCCGUUUGGAGAGAACAUCUUCUGCACCGAAUGUUAGUACCCAUGUCAAAAUGUAAGGUAACCCAAGAGAUGUACGAGGAAAAUUCGUUUCUUCGGAAAAAAGGUCUGUUGACGUUUUUAUGGCAGAUAUUACUACCAUUGGAUGAACUUGAUGUGGUUCUUGAGAAAACAGUUUCCGAUGGCAUAUCUUCGCCGUCUUCCCAUAUUUAAGUUAGUUGGGUAAAAUUUUUGGGAUGUCAAAUACAGCUCUUAAUAUUAAGUUAUUCGGUGAUGACGUGGAAAAUAUUUUAAAUUAAAUUUUACCAAUUUAGUCGUAAACAUUUUGUCCAAAACAUUAAUUACUUUUAAUUUUUUUUAACGGGAUG